UAGAUCAAACUUUCAUAUUCCAUCUCCAUUUUCUCUUUCUCUCUCGAAAUCCUCUGCUUCUUUUUCUUUCAGAUCAAACACAAAAAAAUGGCAUCUUUUUUGACUAAGAAUUCAUCACAGCUCCUCCCUAGUUUGUGUAUGAUAUUGACCCAACUGUGUAUGUCUGGUAAUAUUGUGCUUAGCAAGACAGUUUUCAUGAAAGGGAGCAGCUCUUCAGUGUUUGUGUUCUACCAAAAUAUAGUUGCCACCAUUGUCAUCUCAGCUCCAGCAUUCUUCAUUGAGAAGAGGAUAAGGCCUCCUUUGGCAGUCCCCAUUUUGGGCUGGAGUUUUUUGCUAGCUUUACUUGGGAUAACAGUGGCUCAAAAUCUCUUCUCAGGGAGCUUGUAUUUCAUCUCGAGCACACUACAAACUGCAAUUUUGAACCUUAUACCUGCUGUUACAUAUCUUCUCUCUGUGAUAUCAAGGCAGGAGAAAGCCGAGAUCAAAAGCUUGAUAGGAAAAGGGAAGAUUUUAGGGACUUUUUUAUCUGUAACAGGUGCUCUGGUUAUUGUGUUAUGGAAAGGCCCAAGCUUUUACCAUCACUCUGCGAAUUUCGGGCAGAGCCCAAGUCUUCACCUCCUCUCUACAAACAGAAGUGAUUGGGUACUUGGGUUGGUUAUGGUAGCUGUUGGGGUUGUCUCUUUCAGUAUUUGGAUUCUAUUGCAGGGACCAGUGACGAAGAAAUACCCAGCUGAGCUAUCACUCACAGGCAUUAUGUUUUUCAUGGGGGUCUUGCAAACAGGUGUAGUUGCACUGUGUGUGAUCCAAGAGCCAUCGCAAUGGAAGCUCAGUAAGGACUUGGAGCUUUUGGGUAUCCUAUAUGGAGGGGUGAUCAAUGGUGGGACUUCUUAUUUAAUUUUCAAGUGCUCCCACCUCAAAGGACCUGUUUUUGUAUCGAUGUUCACACCACUCUCUAUAUUUUUUGUUGUUCCCCUGGAGACAAUAUUUCUUGGUGAAAUCCCUCAUUUUGGAAGUAUUAUUGGGGCAGCAUUAAUAGUGGGAGGCCUUUACCUCAUACUAUGGGCCAAAAGUAAAGAAGAGAGAGAAUACCUCUUAGUGGAUAUGGAUGAUGGCCUUGCAUCACCCCUCAAUUCCAAUCAAGCAGCCUCAUGAAGUACCUGUAGGCAGUUACAUUACGCUUAAAUGUAUAUGAAUAAUAUCACAAACUUUAGUGUGGAUCUUUUUAUUUA